AUGGCUCCCAGCGAGAAGGUUCUGCGAACGGACACGAUGAACGAGAAUGUGCUCAAGACUGUGUACGCCGUUCGUGGCGAGCUCUAUUUGCGAGCCGCGCAGCUUCAAGCCGAAGGGAAGGAGAUCAUCUUCACGAACGUCGGCAACCCUCAUUCUCUCGGCCAGAAGCCGAUGACUUUCCCUCGCCUCGUUCUCGCUCUCGCGGAGGCGCCAUUCCUGAUGGAAAACCCCGAGACCGCCAAGCUUUUCCCGGAGGACGCCAUUGCUCGUGCUAAGAAGUACCUCUCCUUCACGACAGGCGGAAUUGGCGCGUACAGCGACUCCCGCGGACUGGCGGGCAUCCGCAAGGAGGUGGCGGAGUUCAUCGCCAAGCGCGACGGCUUCCCCGCCGACCCCGAUUCGAUCUACCUCACGGACGGGGCCAGCAAGGGAGUGGAGCGCAUGCUCAAUGUGCUCAUCCGCAACGAGAAGGACGGGAUCCUGUGCCCCAUCCCGCAGUACCCCCUGUAUUCCGCGUCGAUCGCGCUGCUGGGCGGCACGCUGGUGCCGUACUACCUGGACGAGAGCCAGGGGUGGGGGCUGGACAUGGCGGAGCUUAAGAAGGCGUGCGAGGACGCGCGCCAGAAGGGCAUUGAGGUGCGGUGCCUGGUGUUCAUCAACCCCGGCAACCCCACGGGCAACUGCCUGUCGGAGGAGAACCUCAAGGAGCUCGUCAAGUUCUGCGUGGACGAGCGCCUCGUGCUGCUGGCCGACGAGGUGUACCAGGAGAACGUGUACCAGGACGAGCGCCCCUUCCUCAGCGCCAAGAAGGUGGCGAUGAGCAUGGGCGAGCCGUACGCGUCCUCCCUGGAGCUGGUGUCCUUCCACACCGUCUCCAAGGGCACGUUUGGGGAGUGCGGGCAGCGCGGCGGGUACAUGGAGGUCUUCAACAUCGACGAGGGCGUGUGCCAAGAGCUCUACAAGAUGUCAUCCAUCAGCCUCUGCCCCAACCUGUGCGGCCAGCUCAUGGUGGGCCUCAUGGUGAACCCCCCAGCUCCUGGUGAUGCUUCGUACGAGGAAUUCACAGAGGAGAGGAGCUCACGGCUGGCCUCUCUGCGUCGCCGUGCGCACACAGUCACAGAGGGGUUCAACAGCUGCAAGAACGUCACCUGCAACUUCACAGAAGGCGCCAUGUACUCCUUCCCCAGGAUCAACCUGCCUGAGAAGGCCCUGGAGGCCGCCAAGGCAGCAGGCAAGGCGCCGGAUGUGUUCUACUGCCUGCGGCUGCUGGAGGCCACUGGCAUCACUGCUGUGCCGGGAUCCGGAUUCGGGCAGAAGGAAGGGACCUUCCAUCUGCGCACAACCAUUUUGCCAAGUGAAGAGAAGAUCCCAGAGAUGAUGGCCAAAUUCAAGAAGUUCAAUGACGAGUUCAUGGACGAAUAUGCUUGA